CGGUGCAGAGUCAAAUAUGUGCUGCGUCACUGGAGGACUGCGGGACCCACAAACAGCGGUGGUUCCCCUGCAGUGCGAGAGAACAGCGAUGGGACUGGGAGCACAGACAGAGAGGGGGAGAGAGAGGUGAGUGCUGCUGCAGGACAACGUUCACCCUGGCGGAGGAGUUCAACGCUUCACAUUUGCUUCGUCCAGCCAUUAAUCCUGUUGUAUUAGCCAUGUCCUCAAAGCAGCCUCGGCCUCUGAUUUUUGGGAAAAUAUCCAUUGUGGUCUUCAUCCUGACCUUGGCCCUCUCAGUGUCUUCCCUGCCGGCGGACACAGAGAAGGGCAGAAGAAAAGUGGUGCAUGUUCUCGAGGAUGACACCGGAGCAGUGAUAGUGCAGACAGCUCCUGGGAAAGUGGUGACGCAUCGUGGUGGCUCCAUCACUCUGCCCUGCAGAUUCCAUCAUGAGCCCGAGAGCACAGACCCUGCUCGCAUUCGGAUCAAAUGGACCAAAGUGACGGAUGCCCUGCAGUUUGAAGAUGUCUUUGUGGCACUCGGAAGGCAGCAGCGUGUUUACGGAUCGUACCGAGGCCGUGUGUUUUUGGAGCAGGCAGGACCCGGCGACGCCUCAGUGAUCAUCCAAAAUGUCACACUGGAAGACUAUGGCCGAUACGAGUGUGAGGUCACAAAUGACAUGGAGGACGAUACAGGAUUUGUCAACCUUGACUUAGAAGGAGUGGUCUUUCCCUACUACCCCCGUGAGGGGCGCUAUAAGCUCAACUACCACCAGGCUGAGGACGCCUGCAAACAGCAGGACGCCAUCCUGGCUUCUCAUUCUCAGCUGCACAAAGCCUGGCUGGAUGGACUGGACUGGUGUAAUGCUGGGUGGCUGGAGGACGGAUCAGUCCAGUACCCUAUCUCUCAUCCCAGAGACCAGUGCGGCCGUAAGGACUCUCCGGCUGGAGUUCGUAACUAUGGCUACCGCCACAAGGAGGACGAGCGCUACGAUGCUUUCUGCUUCACUUCCAAGCUCAAUGGCAAAGUGUACUUCCUCAAACGCUUUAAGAAGGUGAAUUAUGCGGAGGCGAUGAAGGCAUGCAUUCGAGACGGUUCAGAGGUGGCAAAAGUGGGUCAGCUGUAUGCAGCAUGGAAGUUCCAGCUUCUGGACCGGUGCGAAGCUGGAUGGUUGGAGGAUGGCAGCAUCCGGUACCCCAUAGUCAAUCCUCGCUCUCGCUGUGGAGGAUCCCAACCAGGAGUCAGACACCUGGGCUUCCCUGAUAAAAAAUUUCGCCUCUAUGGGGUCUACUGCUUCCGCAAGAACAACGACGAAACAGCACGUGGUACUGAAAUGAAGAAAAGUCCUACAGAGAGUUUGACAAAGAAGAAGAGCAGCAACAGCAUCCCCAUGAAUGCCACAACUGCGAUUUAAAGUAGAAAGAUUGAGAGCAAGGAGGGGAUGCAAUUUUAGAUUUGACUGCACCUGUUGCCAAGCAGCCACACUCCUUUCAUUGCUUUUAAACACUUGCAGACAAGAUGCAUUCAUUUGUAGAUUUGCCUGAGGGGAGAAGCAGGGCUGUGUACCACUAAGAGUGACAUCUUUACUAGGGUGAUUUUCUUUUCGUCUCCAGUCAGUCAAUCAUCUUAAGGAGUGGGUAUGUUAGCACAUGUCCCAGGAAGACUGAAGAUUAAACAGCAGCUUGAUCAUCACUCAGGCACACAUCAGAUCAGAGAGUCUGCCAUGAAUAUUCUUGUGUACGCUUGUGUGUGUGUGAAUCAUAUUUUGGCCCCCUGCUGUGAAUACCAAGCUCUGAGCCUCAUGCAGUUGGAGCCAGAACCCCUGUGCCAGGGUGAAAACAUUCAUUACUGAGUGAGAUGGGAUGAUCUGCUCGACUGUAUGGAAAUAAUCCAAGAUGCCCUGCAAGUUUAUACUGUACCAAGUGUAACUGGAUGCCAUGUUUGCUUAGCAACCCCGUGGCACAAUGCGAGUCAUUUUUCUCAUUAACUAAGACCUGGCAAUCUCAUCAUCAGAGCCUCACAGGCAGAGCAGUAUCUCUUGCACUAGCUCUAAAAUAUUUGCACUUUAAAUACACAUGUAGAGCUUUUUUUAUGAUAGCAGCUAAACACAAAAUAAAACAAGCAUGUAUCUUUUGGCUGAGAGUAGUUGCUGUGGCUGAAUUAGCAGAAAUACAAAGCUACAAUAAUUGCUAUUUACCUCACAUCCUGCACUUCUGAGCUAUCUGGGCCAACAACUGCACUGUCAGCGUUAUGUGCAGUGACUUUUAUUACAGAGUAUGUUUGCAAUGUAUGGAUAUCAUAGAAGAAAAUAAAAGUAUUGGAAUUGA